AAGCCGAGAGCAGCGGCAUUUCUGUAGAACGUUUUCGGGAGUUCUGCGUGGGAGCUGUACUGUACUUGGGCGACUGCGACCUUGCACGACAGAGUGCGUCACAGGCUCGAGGCUCGGGUGAAGUUCCCGCGUGCUCAGAGGUCCAUCGUCUCUCCGAGACUCAAACGAGCAAGUCGCCGAGUUCGACCCUCGAAGUGAUGACGGCGGGACCGGUCACAUGUCACGCGUCGAGGCAGAAAUCGGAUGUCUAGCAGGAAAUUUGCGUUUGAUUUCGGGCCGUUGAUGCUCAAUAGGCGUGCAGGGAAAGAAAGUGGGGCAAUGCCUUCGGUAGAAACUGUCAAUGCGCCCAGCCGAGCUGUCUCAGGCCGGAACAGUGGAGUGGGAAGAGUUAUUGCAAAUUCUUAGACUUGCCGACUCACCUGUUGGAGAAGCAGUUCAUUGGCUUGAAUCUCGCGGACAUGGAGAUCGUUUCGUGGCCUUCGGAGAGGACCACAUGGCAGGAAAGAGACGAAGAGUAUGUGAACUAUGGCGACUUGUGCCUGACCUGCUGGCGUCGGAGGUGGUAUACGUCGAGGAAGAGGAGGAGACGAAACGAACUGGAAAUAUGGGCAGCUGUAUCUGGAUGCAGACACUGCCGAGUGCAAUGCAAACCAGUGUUUUGACUUUUCUGAAGGUGGAACAUAAUCAUUUUCGCACGAAGGACCUGGAAGCCUUGGCUCGUCGCAUACUGCAAUCUCCAGUGGAAGCGGACUAUUGGGUUUAUCAAGCGGCAAGGUCUCUUCUACUCACGACUUCUCAGAAUGCCGAUCAAUGGGCCUCAUUUUCCUCAGCAGAAGAACAGCGCUUAGGUAUAGGGGACACCCAGACGUCCGAUCAUAAUGCAAUGCCGGAGUGGCUCGAUAAGUGCAGCGAGCACACUAGUCCCAUGUUUUCUUGGCUACCCCUGGAAAAGUCGUAUCCUGGAGACGAGGUGCAAGAUCAGGAUAAAACCCAUCUAUCCGAAACCUUGGAAUCCUUACAACCUAUGAGCAUAGAAGUUCCGGCGGUUCAGCAACUGACGAAUGAGCUGUUUGACCAUGAGAAGCGAGCUACUUGCUCACCUGAGAGGCGUACGCACGAGCGAACAAUAGAAGACAUGGAUAGAUUGGAGAUGGAGAUCAUUGAGGCGGAUACGGGAAUAAUCGAUUUAUCCAAAAAGGUGAAUGGUAGGGACAAUUUGGUUGAUGAAGACGAUGACAAGAUUGCGAGGGCAGCUCUAGGUGAAGAGUUAUAUCUACAAGCGUUAUCAUUGGGACAAAAUUUACGUACUCGUUCAGAACCUGGCCUUCCAAAGGAUAUCAAUCUUGUUCGCUCAACUCCGAACUUUUCCUGUCUUCUGUCUGCUGCCCGAGCAUGGGAGGUCGAUGAUGAAGUUACCCUCCUACUGGUUGAGACUCUCUUGGUUGAGCAAGACGGGUAUGCCUGGUCAACCCAACUCUUACAUGCUAUCAUCCUGCCAAAAAUCUAUGCCCUGGAAAAGCCGGCUUCGCGUAUACUAAUGACUGCCUUGACUCAAGCUGGGAAGAUUCAUCCGAGGGCAGUCAUGGAUUCGAUUAUGUUUCCUAUAAUCUGCUCGAAGAACGGAGCCUCCAGUGUCCAGUGUGAAAUUUUGAAUCGCCUGGUCAAGGAUUGUUUGACUGAAGACUUAAUUCUCUCCCUUCUUCAGAAGAUGUUCGUUCCUAGGAGGGAGAGCGAACAUGACUUUAGCCGCUCAAACCGGUCUUGGAAUUGGACUGAAGGCGUGGUCGGCGUGGUGCAGAACCUGUUGAGCCACAAAGUAAAUAUAGAUCAGGAUUGCGUUGCUUCUUUGGUGCAAGAUCUAGAUGCAGCGGUGGCUGAAUUCUCUACGUCUCUGAAGUUUGGUAACUUGCUUCUGAACCUUGUCACAAAACACGGCCCUAGACUCAAGUCUCACAAGACAUCGUUACAUCAUGUGGUUAAUAGAAGUCGAACUUUUUUAACAAAAACAGUCCAGAGCAAGCUGGCAUCUAUCUAAGAAAUACCUACUGGGAUUUCUGUUCUGCUGCGUCGAGAAGGUAUGAAACUAUUACCGCGCAGGAACCAGCACCAUUCCAAUCGAGCAAGAGAAGACGUAGUAGGUGUGGCUUCUAGGUCUUCCCAGUGAUAGCAUGUAAUAUACUAAUCAGCUCACUCGUGUCCCCGUGUUCUGAGGCAUACGUGUGCGUGUUGGACUGAUGUCUUGUAAUCUGUGAAUAGUCUGUAGCCCAGAGAAUAUCUUAUUGAGAUGUCACCCAUCAAGCAGUUGCCUCGUGCUGGUUGAUCUAUGAUUCCUCAAUCUGUGGAUCUGAUCUAGCUUGUUUACACCCUGCAUUAGGCGAGUACGUCGAUAACUUUUUUGUGCUAUAAAACGCUGAAUCCGUACAGAAAGGGUGGCGGCCCAGUCCAGAUGAGAAGACAUGACAUCUCUACGAUUGGGACUUUUCGUAGCACCUUCAGAUUCAUUUUCCCC